CCACAAUACUGAAAAUACAAAUUUGGUUUAGAUCUUAGAAUUUUCGCUUAUUUGAAAUUUCCCAUUUUUGCUAUGUCGAAGCUCGCCGCGCUGCAGCGCCAAUAUGAUGAGCGCUGGCACUAUCCACCGCCAAUGCCGACGGGCAAGGUUACCGAUAUCCUCUGCGGUGCUGAGCCCUUCUUCUGCGGCGAUAAAACCAUUUACGGCCACAACGAGAGACCCGUAUAUAAGGCAUGUUGGGACCAUCCCAUUGCCAUGCCCCUUGAAACACGGCUUGGCGUCUGCUGGGAGUAUCCGCCGGAGCGAUACAAGCGUCGUCCUCUACCGCCGCCCUGCCGCGGCUCGACUAUUCCUUUGCAUUUACUAGAGCCCACGUUCGAGCACUGCAAGAGUCCCUACACCCGUGGUGACUUCCAGCUGGAGCAGUGCGUUCACCAGCAGAUCCUCGUCCUUGACCGCAAAUUGGCCAAUUUGACGCGAGUUCUGGCGAAGGCGAAGCCUCUGCAGAUCCAGAAAGUGAAGGAGAUGCGGUAUCACGGUGUGCGGUAUCGCCUCCUUGUCGGCAGUACCGGCUGCACAAAGUUGUACCCCGAGUAUCUUAGCCGGAUGACCGAAGAGCGGGCCCUCUGCGAGUUUCAACGGGCCUACAACGCCGUUAAUGAGUCUAACACAAAACUCAUGACAGCCUUCCUGUACAUGCGCGAAUCUAUGCCGGAGCUGGAGACGCGACUAGCCAGACUAGACAGGUCCCUGAAAAGCCCCUUUCUACUGGAACUUGACCAAGUGUUGCAGGCCAUUGAAGACCUGAACACUUACUUUUUUGGUGUGAUUGUCAAGAUGAAGUCCUGGGCGGAACUUAUGGAUCCCAUGAAGGAGCACUCCGUCGAGGACUACUUGGCACUGUUGACCAAGGAGAGCAACUUCAAGGAAUUUAUGAGCUUCGGCAUGGAGAACUGCACAUGCAAACGGUGCGAUAAGAAAGAUCCCUUAAAGCCUUAUCUGCCAUGCUGGUGUCAACGCUCCAACCCCUGCGAUGUUCAUACUAAUUCAAAGUUCGCCCAGAUUGCGUUGGACGAAUGUGAUUUUGCGAAAGAAUCGAGCGACACCUCGAAGCUGGAGAAGGCGGUCGAAGAGCAGAGACAGAAGCAAAGGCAGUAAAUCUCCCCUCUCCUUGUUAAGCAAUAAAGUUAAUUAUUAAUCGGACACCUA